UUAGGCUGGAUCUGUUUGACUGAUUCUUCAAAUUGGUGGGCUCAGAUCGUGGCUAAGAAGUACCUUAAGAAGGAUGGGUUUCUUGAGCUUGGUAAAAAGACUCUGCAUUCAUCAGCUUGGAAAGCCAUCCUUGAUGCGUGUUAUGUGCUUCACAAAGGUAUAAGAUGGAUGUUUGCAAUGAACAUUUGGAGAUGCACGCAUUUUUUCCCCAAAGAUGCUCAACAGAAUUUUGAUGGCAUUGACUGGUUGGCUCAGCUACCUCAUACCAAAGCUUCAAAUGGCCCUAAUGCUCUAUCCAAAGCUCUCCUUCUUUGCUGGCAGAUCUGGGAAGCUAGAAACAAUUGUAUUUUUAAAGAAAUUGUGCCGCACCCAGCUAGAGCCCUGCUUAUGGCUAGGCGCAUUGGGUUGGAUUACUGGAAAAUUAAUAAUUUGGCUGCAACUGGUUUUGUGAUUCAUGACUGGAAUGGUAAUGUUCGGUUAGCUGGAGGCUGCCAUUCAUAAUGGUUGGAGGAAGACUGCCAUUCAUAAUGGUUGGAGGAAGAUCCUGGUGGAAGGCGAUUCAAAGCUUAUCAUUGAUUGUGUCAACAAUGUGGUUUCAGUUCCUUGGAGCAUCAGUCUCCUUGUGCAAGACAUUCGGAUGUUGAGUUCUUAUUGCGAAGAGAUUUCUUUUCAGCACAUCUUUCGAGAGGCUAAUUUUACUGCAGAUGCUGUUGCUAGUUUAGGACAUAAUCUUGCCCCUUACCAGUUGUGGGAUCGUGGGCUUCCUCUAAGUUGUUCGGUUCCUUUUUAGUUUGACUUGGUGGGGCCUGCGUGCCAGCGUGCCAGCGUGGUUUCCGGUUGUAGUUUGUUUGGUUUCCCUUAUCGAAAAAAAAAAAACAAAGUAAAGUGUGAUAUCUAUAUUGUUUAUAACAACCUCAAUUUUACACAAA